UGACAAUCGGGCGGCAGCUGCGAGGGCGUAGUAGGAUCAGGAUUUUCGGUGAUGCAUUCGCAUGACUACGCCUCUAACCUGAGCAGCAGCGACAUCAUCGCUCCUCAUCUUCAGCCUCCCAGAGACAAACACUCAAACAUAUGCGCUGUACGCCGUGAUCGAUGGCUUCCCGGCUUCAGUGAUGUUUAAGGACCAAGGAGGAGACGCGGAGGUGUGAGCGCGUGUGUGGUCAGUCCCUCCGCUCUCUCGCGCUACCGUCGAAGUAGUGAUUACGUCAUCGAUUCAAGCACUUUUUCAAGCACUUUUUUUAAGCCCUUUUCGACAAAUGGCUGAAGGAAGGAUGGACAGCGCUGGAGCAAGCUGCGAUUGUGCGCGGCAUGCUAGGAGAUUGCACGUGGGUGCGCGCACUAUGGCCGUAUGUCUACUGGUCGUUCUCAGCGGAAGAGUGUGCACGAGUCUGAACAAGGGGUCGACGGUUGCGACGGACGCGGCACUUGUCUCUAACAGGACGGUCGUGCUGCCCUCUAGCGGCCGCGAGGGCGGCGGCUACAGAAACGUGACGGCGAUACUUGAUCGACUCCUCAGCACCUACGACCCUCAACUACGACCGGGAUUCGGACUGAUGAUCGUACCUUAG